GUUUUCUCAAACCGUAUUGUUGUUUCUUCUUUUCUUCUUGUCUUCUCAUACUCUUCUUUCUCUCUACCAAGUUUGUUGUAUCAUGGAUAGAUUAUAUAGAGAUAGAUAGGUCCAACUUUCAUCGAAAAGAUUCCGUUGUAUGCGAUUAAAGCGCAAUAUUACAUUGAUGUAAAUUGUGAACUAUAUAUUGUUGGAAAUUUCUUAUUUGGUUCAAGAUUUGGGUUUGUUGCAUUCUAGGGUGCCUAUGCUUCUGCACUCGACCUGAUUCAUUGCCUCAUGGAUCCUUUUGAUGAUCUUCUACCUGAGGCUCCUGUUGCACGCAUUCGGCCGGGUGCCAAGUUUGCUCCGAAGGCCAAAGCGAAACAGCGGCCACGAAAGGAAGUACCUUCGUCGGAACAUGCCACCUCAUCUAAAGAUGCUGGGAAUGAAUGUCAAAAUGUAGGUCCUUCCACGCUAAAUGUGCCAGCGAAAGAAUAUGUGGGAUUCAUUCAUCAUACGCAGGUACAAUUUCCAAAUUCUGAAAGUGGAAAUCCUGAACAAGUUAGUGUGGAGGGAGAUAGUGCAGCCUUGGUGGACGGUUCCACAAUCACAGCAUCUGAUAUUGGUGCUGGUCAGAAUUCUACAAACUUCUUAGAAUCAGUAUGUGAGGCUGGUCCAACAGAUUUUUGACGGGGACUCAGUCCCUAACUUCGUUUCUGAAACCAACCUCAACAAUGGUAAGUUAUGUGUUUACAUUGAUUGUCUGUGUGAACCACUUUUCUUCAUCUCAGACCUGUAUAUGUUAGUGUGAGUCAUCGCUAGAAUUAAAUUUGGUAUGAUUCAUCUUCUGUCUAUCAUGUGGUUUACGCACAACACAACCCUUUCACCCUGCUAAUGUUGUAGAAAACAAAUUGAAUAUUUUUGCUGCUCCAUUUUCAAGUUGCUCAGCCAUAGAUAGGAUGAAGGAACCCCCUAAAAAUUGGUGAAGGUUCAUUUCUUGAUAUCAACAAAUAUUUUUGGAACUUAUUGACAACUCAUUGCAAUUAGGCACCGGAUUGGGCUUUCGAAAGUAUUUCAGCUAAUAAAGUUGCAAUAACCAACAGUUAUUUCAAGUCAAAACAUUGGGAAAGAACCAGAGGUAGUAUCUGCAGAGAUUGAAUUGGAUCCUUUCAGUGACAUCCUCCCUGAUCUUCCUGCUAGGAAUGGUUAGUGAUAUUGAUGAUUUUGUAAAUAGGUGAAUAUGCUUUCCUA